CUGACACAGAGAUCCUGAAUAAGAGACUCUUUGGAUACUGAAAAGUCUCUUAAAGAAGGUGAUACACAAAUUUCAGAGAACAAUUUCAACAUUGUUCUGUCGAACGUUAUACUCAGUCCUGAACCACAUUACUUUCCUGUCUACGUUUCAUUUCCUGGGGGCUUGCCAAGUGAUAAACAGACCCAGGCGUGUGUGGUAGAUUUCGGGUUUUUUAGCACGAAGUGGGUGGCUGGAGUUUGCUUGAAAACAUCAAUUGACUUUGUGAUCAUUACGGAAAUGCUGGUGUAAGGUGUUCAGAAGACAAUGGAGAAAAAAUGGAAAUACUGUGCUGUCUAUUACAUCAUCCAGAUACAUUUUGUCAAGGGAGUUUGGGAAAAAACAGUCAACACAGAAGAAAAUGUUUAUGCUACACUUGGUUCUGAUGUCAACCUGACCUGCCAAACACAGACAAUAGGCUUCUUCGUGCAGAUGCAAUGGUCCAAGGUCACCAAUAAGGUAGACCUGAUUGCUGUCUAUCAUCCCCAAUACGGCUUCUACUGUGCCUAUGGGAGACCCUGUGAGUCACUUGUGACUUUCACAGAAACUCCUGAGAAUGGGUCAAAAGGGACUCUGCACUUAAGGAAUAUGUCUUCUUCAGUCAGUGGAAGGUACGAGUGUAUGCUUAUUCUGUAUCCAGAGGGCAUUCAGACUAAAAUCUACAACCUUCUCAUUCAGACACAUGUUACACCAGAUGAAUGGAAAAGCAACCAUACGAUAGAAAUAGAGAUAAAUCAGACUCUGGAAAUACCAUGCUUUCAAAAUAGCUCCUCAGAAAUUUCAUCUGAGUUCACCUAUGCAUGGUCGGUGGAGGAUAAUGGAACUCAGGAAACACUUAUCUCCCAAAAUCACCUCAUCAGCAAUUCCACAUUACUUAAAGAUAGAGUCAAGCUUGGUACAGACUACAGACUCCACCUCUCUCCAGUCCAAAUCUUCGAUGAUGGGCGGAAGUUCUCUUGCCACAUUAGAGUCGGUCCUAACAAAAUCUUGAGGAGCUCCACCACAGUCAAGGUUUUUGCUAAACCAGAAAUCCCUGUGAUUGUGGAAAAUAACUCCACGGAUGUCUUGGUAGAGAGAAGAUUUACCUGCUUACUAAAGAAUGUAUUUCCCAAAGCAAAUAUCACAUGGUUUAUAGAUGGAAGUUUUCUUCAUGAUGAAAAAGAAGGAAUAUAUAUUACUGAUGAAGAGAGAAAAGGCAAAGAUGGAUUUUUGGAACUGAAGUCUGUUUUAACCAGGGUACAUAGUAAUAAACCAGCCCAAUCAGACAACUUGACCAUUUGGUGUAUGGCUCUGUCUCCAGUCCCAGGAAAUAAAGUGUGGAACAUCUCAUCAGAAAAGAUCACUUUUCUCUUAGGUUCUGAAACUUCCUCAACAGACCCUCCACUGAGUGUUACAGAAUCUACCCUUGACACCCAACCUUCUCCAGCCAGCAGUGUAUCUCCUGCAAGAUAUCCAGCUACAUCUUCAGUGACCCUUGUAGAUGUGAGUGCCUUGAGGCCAAACACCACUCCUCAACCCAGCAAUUCCAGUAUGACUACCCGAGGCUUCAACUAUCCCUGGACCUCCAGUGGGACAGAUGCCAAAAAAUCAGUUUCACGGAUACCUAGUGAAACAUACAGUUCAUCCCCCUCAGGUGCAGGCUCAACAUUUCAUGACAAUGUCUUUACCAGCACAGCCAGAGCAUUUUCAGAAGUCCCCACAACUGCCAAUGGAUCUACGAAAACUAAUCACGUCCAUAUCACUGGUAUUGUGGUCAAUAAGCCCAAAGAUGGAAUGUCCUGGCCAGUGAUUGUAGCAGCUUUACUCUUUUGCUGCAUGAUAUUGUUUGGUCUUGGAGUGAGAAAAUGGUGUCAGUACCAAAAAGAAAUAAUGGAAAGACCUCCACCUUUCAAGCCACCACCACCUCCCAUCAAGUACACUUGCAUUCAGGAGCCCAACGAAAGUGAUCUGCCUUAUCAUGAGAUGGAGACCCUCUAGUCUCGUGAGACUUUGCCCCAUGGCAGAACUCUGCUGGAAUCCUAUUGAGAAGGUAGACGUUGUGCUUUAUUAAUAUAGUCGCUCUUCAGCCAUGCCUUUGCUGCAGCUGAAAUGGAAGUCAGAAGUGAGUGACCUGUUUUCCCAGCAACUCACCCUCUUUCAUCUCCAAACGCCUGAAGCUUAACCAAGAGUGAGAGGAUAAGUCAUGUUCACACUCAAUGCAAUUCGUAGUGGUUUUCUUGCUUAUGUAAGAAGUACAUAUUUGUCUGCCAUCAUUUAAAAAAAAAUACAGUAUUUUCAUUUAAAUUCUCUGAUGGAGGGACAACAAUGGUUUCAACUGUACGCCCGUGCCUGAUCCUCUUAUUUGAACAUCUAUCAACAUUGUAAACUCUUUGCCAAAAUCCUGGGGCUUUGCUGCAUUCCCUAAGAUAAUUAUAGGAAAAAGAAAAUGUAAAAGUGCUAACAAGGCUGCCAAGUAAUGGAGAAGUAUGGUUAGUCUUCGUAUUGAAAUUCUGUUGUUUAUUUUCAUGGAAGGAAACAGAAUACUUUGCACAGGAACCACAUUUUCAAUCCUCCUUCACUGUCUUCCUACCAUGUUCAGCCCAGACUCCUGCCACAUGGACCAGGAUGAAGAGGGAUCAAAGAGAUAAUUAGCCAACAACCCAGUAGCCUAGAAGAUACAAAACUCCACUGGCCUCUAAAAUUAUAUUAGCCAGGAGUGGUUUCAUUUGAGUGCCUUCGUGUGUAUGUCCAUCAAACUGGAACCAAACUGUUUUGUAAGUAAACAGGCAGCCUAAGCCCAACCCUACUCAUCUAAUUCCGGUUAUUCUCUUUUUCAUCUGGUGACUUUCCUGUUCAUUUAACCUGCCUGUUUUGAUCUGUUUUGAAAAAGAUAAAGAGCCUCAAAUCAGACCAGCACUGAUUAAUUAACCCUGCUCCUACCAAUCUUUUAUAAAGCAGUUGAAGCAGAAUGUAUAGGUGUCAGAGAAGAAACCUAGUCAGCCAGACAUGCUCUGUAUUCAGCAACAGUUUGUGAGUGAAUAAAUUACUAAUCCUCCUUGUCUCUUGAAAUCUUCCCACACUCCCUGCUCCAGGAGGGAAAAACAGAUGUUGUUGACAGAUAGAGUGAUAGGCAAAUUCUGUGUGGACUUUAGUCCCAAAAGGAAACUUUAGUUCACUUGCAGUAUGCUUAUCCCUGACUGCACAUGAGAAUGCCUUGUGCAGAGUUAUCUGGAGAUUAUGUCUUUUUCUUAAACACCAUGGCUGUCACACUUCAGUUCAAUUAAAUCAGAAUGUCUGAGGAGUGAGACACAGGCAUCAACACUCUCAAAUGAUUCACAUGUUAAGCCAAAGUUGAGAACCAUCGAGCCUGUGGAAGUUCUUUCUCAUGGCUCAGAAUCUUAGGUAGGUGCUUAACUCUUGUGGUGGCCAGCCUCCAAGAUGAGCCCCAGUGUUCUUGCCUCCUACUAUUCACAUCUUUAUAUGGUCCCCUCCAAUGCUGAAUACAGAUGAUUUGUGUAACCUGAGGCCAGGAUUAAGGUGAGGCAAUCAAUGUACCUAGGGAAAAAAAUUUAAGGAGGUAUUCACACUCAGGGUCAUGCACUUGCACAAUGUUGAGAAUGAGUACCACUCUCACCAUUGGUAUAGCCAAAAAAGCUUGGAAGUGACCAAGGCUAGGUCACAAAAUACACUGUGGCUUCUUCUUUGAUCUCUCUUUGACCAUACUGGCACUGGGAAAAGCCCAUUCCCAUGCCAUGAAGACACCAAAGCAGCCCUAUUGAGAAAUCUACCUGUUGUGGCCGGGCGCGGUGGCUCACACCUGUAAUCCCAGCACUUUGGGAGGCCGAGGUGGGUGUAUCACGAGGUCAGGAGAUCGAGACCAUCCUGGCUAACACAGUGAAACCCCGUCUCUACUAAAAACACAAAAAAUUAGACGGGCGUGGUGUCGGGCACCUGUAGUCCCAGCUACUCAGGAGGCUGAGGCAGGAGAAGGGCGGGAACCCGGGAGGCAGAGCUUGCAGUGAGCCGAGAUUGUGCCACUGCACACUCUGACCUGGGUGAAAGACCGAGACUCCACCUCAAAAAAAAAAAAAAAAAGAAAAAAAAGAAAGAAAGAAAGAAAGAAAGAAAUCUACCUGUCAAGGAACUGAGGUGUUUUGCUAACAAGCAGCAACUUGCCAGCCAUGUAAGGGAGCCAUCUUGGAAGCAGAUCCUCCAGCCUCCAGUCAAGUCUUCAGAUAAUUGCAACUUCAGUUGAUCUUUUGACCAAGACCUCAAGAGAGCCAGAACUACCCAGCUAAGCCUUUUACUAAAUUUCUGAACUUCUAACACUAUUAGAUAAUAAGUGCUUAUUGUUUAACACCAUUAAUUUUGAGUAUAAUUUGUUACAUAGCGACAGAUAACUAUACAGCUCAACAACUAGAAAAAUAAACGUUUACGUGCCUUAAUUAUUUACCUUUAGUUCCUUAUUAGUUCUCAAGAAACAAAUGCUAGCUUCAUAUGUAUGGCUGUUGCUUUGCUUCAUGUGUAUGGCUAUUUGUAUUUAACAAGACUUAAUCAACAGUAAUUUGUAUACAAA